AUGGCUCUGUUCGCUGUCUCCACCUUUGGAAGGAUGGCCAGCACUCACAUUCAUAGGACCUGGCCCUGUCUACACUACAGAGUGGUCGUGUCCAUCUUCUUCAUCAUCUACAUCAUCAUCAUCGCCUUCCUUCAUGAUGAAACAUACUUCGUCGGUUUUCGUCAUUGUCACCUUCAGGAGCAGGGAGAGCAGGAGUACAAGAACUGUGAGCUGGACAAGAACCAGCGUCAGUGUGUGGAAUAUGCCCUGAAGGCCCGUCCCCUACGUCGGUACAUCCCUAAGAACCAGUACCAGUACAAGGUGUGGUACGUGGUCAACUCCACCUACUUUGAGUACCUGAUGUUUACUCUCAUCCUGCUGAACACCAUCUGUCUGGCCAUGCAGCAUCACGGCCAGACCCACUCCUUCAACGAUGCUAUGAACAUCCUCAACAUGCUCUUCACCGGCCUCUUCACUGUGGAGAUGAUCCUUAAACUCAUCGCCUUCAAACCACGGCAUUAUUUUGUUGAUGCAUGGAACACAUUUGAUGCCUUAAUAGUUGUGGGUAGCGUUGUUGACAUAGCGAUCACUGAGGUUAACGUAAGUAGCCCACCUUUCAGUCUGCCUGCCUACCUCUCACUCUCACCUCUGAGCAUCAAUAGAAUGUAGACUAUUGCAUUGUCUCACAGCACUUGUUUUGGGUUUGGUUUUUUUGUACAUUACUUUCAAUGUAUAUUAUCAUCACAAUGUAUAUUAUCAUCACAAUUGGGGACAUGUGAAGUCCCCAAGGCAUGACUGACACUGUAUAGCAUGAUUGGAAAAAAAGGGUGAUAUAUUCAGGCCUGAAGAAAAGUCAUUGUAAACUAUUUGUUUACAUAAAGCCUUUAGCUUGUAUGCAAAGCUAUGCAUGUAGACGUGCAUUUAUUCAUGAAUAUUUACUGGUGUGUGAUGUCACCUUUCAUGAGAAAUUCCUGGCCUUGUUCAUAAUAUAAACACGAGGUGAUUAGAAUAUAAACAGAAAUGGAUCUCCUAUAUAAAAUACAUUUAGUCUCUAUUGAGGGGCUCCUGAGUGGCGCAGCGGUGUAAGGCACUGCAUCUCAGUGCAAGAGGUGUCACUACAG